AGUGGAGUUACCCUUGAGAUCAGCACAAGUUUAUUAAAAAGUUUAUUAAAGUUUUGCGUCGUCGAGAACCCGGAAUUGAAUAAAUUCGAUGCAAAAAUAACCUCCCGCGAUCUCUACAAGGACAGUGUGAUAUUUCUCUCUCGCAUUUGUGUAAUUUGGUUCCUCUCAAAGGAACCACAAUGGGUGAAAUGUCGAUGUUCGAGACCCUUCAGUUGUGGGACGAUGCCGUGUCGCUGACCGAAAAGGGAAACUUCCAAGACGCUCUUCUGAAAUUCAUGGCUCUUGAAGAGAAAGCAGGAUCCGGCCAAGCUAUAGUCACGUCUGCAAGAAAUAUGUUUAAUAUAGGACAAACUUAUUACUCCCUGGGUAGGCUAGAUAAGGCGGUACAGGCAUUCAAAGAAUCACUGGAGAAAGACCAAAUGCUUGUUGUUGCUCAUUUCAUGCUUGGGUGUGCACAUCUGCGGCAGAGCAAAGACAAAGAUGCGUUAAAAAGCUUUGAAGAUGCAUAUUUUUUCUUACGGGGAAACCGCCUCAUUGACUACAAACAAUUGGGACUGAAAUAUAAGCUAUGUGGGUGUGAGAUAUUAUGCAACAAAGCUAUUUGUCAUGCAAGACUAGGAAAUGACCAACAAGCCAGAAAAGAUUUCCAAAGAGCUGUAGAAACCAAAGUAGAUUCCAGGCCAUCUGUUAUCGACAACAUCAUACAAUGUUGGCAGAAUAGAUCUCCAAUGGAACCAAUUCAGCUGCCCUCACAUGCAGUAUUUCAGCCUUCCUCAAGUAAACUCCGGGCCAUAAGAGAGAAGAAAACAAACUACAUUGGUGAAUCUGUGGUGGUUGCAUCUGGCCCAGCUGAUCAUAGCAAAGGUGGCAUCAGUGAGAGCAACAACAAGACAAGAGGUCCGGAUUCAGAACCACCCUGUCGCCCACUCCCCCAACUCCCAAAGAAGAAUGGCUUGCAAGCCAACACCCCUCCACCAAGACCCGCCUCUCCACUCCCUCCAAAGAAGUAUGAGCAAGGUUCUGAACUAGGUAGGCCUCCUUCCAAGCCUUUGCCGCCAUCUCCACGAUCCAAGAGCCCUAUGCCUGGCCAGAGUCUAUCCUUACCACAAAGAUCAGACUCCACUGAAGGCCUUUCAGUCCGACCUGCACCCUGCUCCCAUCUACCGCCAUGCCCUUCUGCAGCUCUACGGACCCCUGAUACUAAAGAGGAAGGUACCAUAAAAUUCCAGCUUGUUGUCACAAGGACUGUGCAAAUGGGUAAGGACUCAUCUGCUCGGGAUCUGUUGCUUGCUGCUGCCAAGGCACUCAAGCUCCCUGAAGAUGCCUUCUCACUUUGGUACACGCACAAUAAUAAUCUCACUCAAGUGACGGAUGAUGAAUUGGUCUCCCUGUGGAAAUCGGACAGCAAACCUACUGUCUAUUGCUAUGAGACAAACAAAUAAAUUGAUCUUACAUUGUUUGUGUAACUAACAAAAAUACCAUGCAGCUUUUGAAUCUGUGAUUCCCUGGAAAAUGGUAAUGAAAGGCCAUCCUUGCCCCCUUAAGGAAGUUCACUUAAUGCUCAAUGAAAGAUCGAAGCAACCUGUUAUUCAGUUAUCCUGUGAUAAGAAAUCUUUAGGCUGGAGUAAGCAGAAUAUUGAAAGUUGUAGGGAUUUAGUUCCAUUGAUAAUUUUUCUAAAUACAAAUGGUGGGAGGGAAAGAGAUUGAUAAUUACAGUUAUAUUAAUUAUGAUUUAUUAUAAUAAAAUAUUCAUAUAAUUUAUUUAAUGAGUCAUAUAUAGUGUUACGAUAAAAUGCGAUAAAUUAGACUGUAAUUUAUGUCUGGCUUUAUAGAAAUAAUAACUGCUCUUUAUAGUAUGCUUUAUAGUAUACUUUUUUGCGGCAAAUACGGAAUUAAUUUAGAAAAGGAUGUGAAACUCCAUGGAUGGUAGUAUGAGAAUUGCAAAUGUGCACUUAUCGGAUAUAUUUUUGUGGUAUAACAUGUAAUUACAUGGAUGUAAUAUUAUUUUUGUAUCAUACGUAGUAUUUGUAAGGUGAAGUGCAACAUGAAUGAGUAGUGAUGAAUAAAGUCCAGUAGAAUCAAA